CGUUGGAACUUGACACAAAUCCUCUCAGAACAGUAAACCACAUUCAAACUGUAACUACUUCCUCCAGACAUGGGUUGGACAUACUCUGUCAUUUGGUUUGUGUCUGUGUCUCUGUGUGAGUGCUUCUCGCUGCCCUACUCUGAUUCUAUAACGCAUGAUGAGGUCCAGUCCCCUCUGUAUCCCCUGCCCUACCCAACUGGUCAGAGGAAAACGUGGAAUCUGUUGGGACCUGAAGGCCACCAGAUCCAGCUGUCCAUAAAACACCUGGACAUCAAACCUUCUGCUGGCUGCUCUCAGGACUCUCUAACAGUCGUCUAUGAUCAGCAGAUCCUGGGGAGGUUUUGCGGCCAGGAGAAUUCCACUGAUCACCCAGGCAAAGAGCCGAUCCGUUCUCCUGGCAACAGACUGACUCUCAUAUUCCAGUCAUGUAACUCCACCUCAGAAGUCCAACAGCAUAUCGGCUUCUCUGCUACCUAUAAGUCAAUAGGGAUUAACUGUGGAAAACCUGACCCUCUGCUGAACGGAGGGAUGAUCAACCGGAUUGACUUUGAAAACUACUACCGCUCUGUUGUUCAGUACCACUGUAAUGAACCAUAUUAUUCCCUCCCUGAGGAUGCAAAUGCUAUAUUCACCUGCGGAGCAGAUGGAAAAUGGAAAUCCAGCAACGGCAGUGUUGUCACUCCUACAUGCAUGCCAGUUUGUGGCCAGCCAACACAACGCCUCUCUGUAUAUGAGAGGAUCAUUGGAGGCAACGAUGCUCCAAAAAAUACCAUCCCCUGGCAAGUGCUACUUAAAGUAAAUUACAUGACUGGAGGAGGCAUGGUGAGCUGGAUUAUGACCGCAGCUCAUCUUGCAACACAAGCUACCAACCCAGUAUCAAACGACACUGUGCAGGUUUAUCUGGGACAAACUGAUGUUCAGAGCUUGAUGGUUUCUCGUGUUUAUGCUGCCUCAGUCCACAUUCACCCUGAUUACAACAAACCCCAAAACGUAGACUACAACAACGACAUUGCCUUAAUCAAACUGCAAGACCCGAUCACAUUCGACGCAUCAGUAAUGCCCAUAUGUUUACCAGCACAGAAUGCCACAUAUGUCACUGGAAUGAUUGGACUGGUGUCAGGCUUUGGCGUUACACAGGAAAUGGGCCGUUCAACAAAACAGUUGAAGUACGUUCACCUCCCUGUGGUGGACCAGGAGACUUGCAGUGAAUCAUUUAAUACGUCUCAGCAGAAACGGGGCAGAGGACAAAUCCUGACACACAACAUGGUUUGUGCUGGACUUCCUGAAGGAGGGAAGGACUCCUGUAGUGGUGAUGCUGGAAGCGCCUUUGCCCUGAAGGACAAUGGACGGUUUUGGGCUGCAGGGAUUGUCAGCUGGGGGACUGGCUGUGCACAGAGGGGAUCAUAUGGAGUCUACACCAGAGUCGCUAACUACCUGGACUGGAUCACGAAGACCAUGCAGGAGAACUGACAUUUUUUCAGUUAUUCAUGAAUAAAACAAUGAUAACAUCAAAAUAAACAAAAUUAAAAAGAGAACAAAUUUUGUUUGAAAUAAAAAAUAAAACACC